GCUAAUCCGUAUGCAAGGAGAAGAAGAAAGGUUGAAACUGAUCAUUCAGACAUAAGUAGAAGCACAAAUGACUUGAUCUAGUUGAUUCAAAGAUCUCAUUUACAUUGCCACUACUAAUAACUAUAGACGAAGGAAAGGAUAUUGCGUCGGGAGGGCAGAGGCUGUAGUGUUGGCGAGCAGCCUGGACGCGUUGCAACGGAGGAGCGACAUUAGCCGACGUCUUGUCCGGCUUGCUGCGGGCUCUAGCCGGCAAUCCCUAGCAACCUAGCGCCAUGACGGUGGCGACGCGGUCUCGGUAUCGCAUCGAGCCUAGGUAUGUGAUUGUGCUGGCCACGUUCCUGGCCACCUUCACCGCCUACGUGGAGCGCGUGGGCUUCUCCAUCGCCUUCACGGACCUUGCCAAGGAGGCGGGCGUGGACGAGUCCGUCAAGGGCGCAGUACUCAGCGCCUUCUACUGGGGAUAUGCGCUGUCGCAGAUCCCCGGCGGCUGGGCGGCCCAGCAGUACGGCGGCCGCAUCAUGCUGCUGCUGUGCUUCGCCUCCUGGUCCGCCGCCUCCAUCCUCACGCCCACCAACGCCCGGCACACAUACGCCAUUGUGGCGGCGCGCGUGGCGGUGGGUGUGGCGCAGGGCUUCCUCAUCCCGGCCGUGCACACAGUGCUGUCGCAGUGGAUCCCGCCGCACGAGCGCGCGCGCGCCGUGUCGCUGACAACCUCGGGCAUGUACCUGGGCAGCGCCAGUGCCAUGCUGGUGCUGCCGUACUUCUCCGCGCGCCUGGGGUCGGCCAGCUUGCUCAAGAUCGUGGGCGGGCUGGGGCUGGCGUGGAUGUGUCUGUGGCUGGCGGUGGGGCGCGACAUCCCACACCGCGAGACCGUCAUUCCGCUGUCCACCAUGGACAAGCCGGGCCACGGUCACAGCCACGGCAACGCCAAGGGCCGGCCCGGCCCCACGCCCUACAAGCGCAUGAUGAGCAGCGCCGCGGUGUGGGCCAUCGUGGUUAACAACUUCUCCUUUCACUACGCCUUCUACGUCAUCAUGAAUUGGCUGCCCACAUACUUCAACCACGUGCUAAAGGUGGAGCUGAACAGCCUGGGCGGCGCCAAGACGGUGCCGUACCUGGUCAUGUUCCUCAUGAGCAACGUGGGCGGCUGGGCGGGAGACUGGCUCAUCCUCAAGCGCCGCAACAGCACCGGCACCGCGCGCAAGAUAGUCAACACGCUGGGCUUCGUGAGCAGCGCCAUCGCGCUGAUGCUGAUGCCGGGGGCGCAGGGCGUCACCUACGGAGUGGCGGUCACCACCCUCACGCUGGGCUGCCUGGGCUUCAGCCGCGGCGGGUUCAGUGUGAACCACAUGGACAUCGCGCCCAAGUACGCCGGCAUGGUGAUGGGCAUCUCCAACACCGCGGGCACGGUAUCGGGCGUCAUCGGAGUGGCGGUGACCGGAUACAUCCUGGACGCCUGGGGAGGAGCCGACAACGUCAUGGGCUGGUACGUGGCGCACGCCGUGAGCGCCGCCAUCUGCUUCCAGGCCAUGUUGGUCUUCAACUUCUUUGCGCGCGGGGAGAGGCUGUUCGAUUGAGGAGCCAGUCACCGAGUGGGGAGCUCGAAUUACGCAGGAGCUUGGGGACCUUGCCAGGCCCCAAGUACUCCAGCACGAUGCAGUUGGUUGCAUGGCAAGUAGGCUGGUGCAUGUCAUUGCUGCAGUGCAAGAAAUCUGAGCGUGCAAGGGGCAAGGGAGCGCAUGCGGCAUGGUAUAGACACAGUAGAGCAGACACCGGACCGGGGGGGAGUGAACAAGAAUGAUGCAACCAUAGGUCGGCUCGGAAUACAUUCACGGCCCUGGCAGGUUACCUGCUGCAGCGUGGGGGCGUUGAGGCAAGUGCAUUAUGCAGUGCAUGCAGCAGCGUGCGGUGCGGGUGUCUUGGCGGGUGUGCAGGGCGCAGCCCCCCGCCAGAGUGAGGAUGAGGCGCGCGCGGCAGCGCUGUGAUGAUGUCUACACCCGUGGAGACUGUGGGCGGUGGCGCCAUGCCAUAGCAGAGCGAGCGGAUGGUGGCGGGGUUGAUACGGUGUACCGAAUGCGCAGGAUUGAGGAUUCGGCACACCGUGCUCCGUGCUAGUCAGGCCGAGAUUACAGCCCGUUGUGAUGCCCAACUUGCCGCCAAGAAGUUUACGAUUGCAAGUGACUGGGCUGUGGGCGUGGACGACUUCCCGCAUGCCCAAAGCGUGCUGUUGGACACGGACGGGGGGCGGGCCGUCAAGUCCAUGCCCUCCUGCCGUAUGCCAACGAACGUAAGCUUGGAUUCAGGG